CUCCUGCUCCAGCUCAGCGGGGCCAGACGUAACACCAGUUCAGGGGGGAAAACGGGAGCAACACACGGCGAUACGAUUCUCUCUCCAGCCACGGACAGAAAGAUGGCAAAGCGCGCGAUGCCGACCAGAGAGACCUAGACGGCUCUUCCGCGCUUCCCUCCGAUUAAACGAGCCGCCAAAUGAACUCCGUCAGAGCCAGCAACGUGAGCAGAAGACCCAGGCGAGUGUCGAGGCCGCGCCCGGUGCAGCCGGAGAGGAACCACCAGGAAAGAGAUGAGGACGUUCCUGCAGAUAUGGUUGCUGAAGAAUCUGGUCCAGGAGCUCAAAAUAGUCCCUACCAACUUCGAAGAAAGUCUCUACCCAAGAGAACAGUUUGUCCAACAAAGACAAACAUGGAGGGUGCUUCCACUUCAACAACAGAAAACUUUGGACACCGACCUAAGCGUCCGAGAGUUUCAGGAAAGUCUCAAGAUUUACCAGCAGCACCAGCUGAGCAGUAUUUGCAGGAGAAGCUUCCAGACGAGGUGGUGUUAAAGAUCUUCUCGUACCUGUUGGAGCAAGACUUGUGCCGUUCAGCAUGUGUGUGCAAACGCUUCAGUGAACUGGCCAAUGACCCCAUUCUCUGGAAGAGGCUGUACAUGGAGGUUUUUGAAUACACGCGACCCAUGAUGCACCCGGAGGCAGGGAAGUUCUACCAGAUAAACCCAGAAGAAUACGAGCAGCCAAACCCUUGGAAGGAGAGUUUUCAGCAACUGUAUAAAGGGGCCCAUGUCAAGCCAGGCUUUGCAGAGCACUUCUACAGUAAUCCUGCCAGAUACAAAGGGAGAGAUAAUAUGUUUUACUAUGACACCAUUGAGGAUGCUCUUGGAGGGGGUCAGGAGCCUCACUUUGAUGGUUUGAUAUUUGUACAUUCUGGUAUUUACACUGAUGAGUGGAUCUACAUCGAAUCCCCUAUCACAAUGAUUGGAGCUGCUCCUGGAAAAGUAGCAGAAAAAGUUAUAAUUGAGAAUACCAGAGACUCCACGUUUGUUUUCAUGGAAGGCUCAGAAGAUGCUUAUGUUGGAUACAUGACCAUCAGGUUCAAUCCUGAUGAUAAAUCCGCCCAGCACCACAAUGCACACCACUGCUUGGAGAUUACAGUCAACUGCAGUCCCAUCAUUGACCACUGCAUCAUACGCAGCACAUGCACAGUGGGGUCAGCGGUCUGUGUCAGCGGCCAGGGGGCUUGUCCCACAAUCAAGCACUGCAACAUCAGUGACUGUGAAAAUGUUGGUCUUUACAUCACUGACCAUGCACAGGGAAUAUAUGAAGACAACGAGAUCUCAAACAAUGCUCUGGCUGGGAUCUGGGUAAAGAACCACGGCAACCCAAUCAUCAGACGGAAUCACAUCCACCACGGCAGAGAUGUAGGGGUUUUUACGUUUGACCAUGGCAUGGGUUACUUUGAGAGCUGCAACAUCCAUAGGAACCGUAUAGCCGGGUUUGAGGUGAAGGCGUAUGCCAAUCCAACCGUGGUUCGUUGUGAGAUCCAUCACGGUCAGACGGGCGGCAUCUAUGUACAUGAAAAGGGUCGUGGUCAGUUCAUUGAAAACAAGAUCUAUGCAAAUAACUUUGCAGGGGUGUGGAUCACCUCAAACAGUGACCCCACAAUAAGGGGAAAUGCCAUUUUUAAUGGCAAUCAAGGUGGCGUUUAUAUUUUUGGUGAUGGUCGAGGACUCAUUGAAGGAAAUGAUAUCUACGGUAACGCCCUGGCAGGAAUCCAGAUCAGGACAAACAGCUGUCCCAUUGUCAGGCACAACAAGAUCCAUGACGGCCAACACGGUGGCAUAUAUGUGCAUGAAAAAGGACAAGGAGUCAUUGAGGAGAAUGAGGUGUACAGCAACACACUGGCGGGAGUGUGGGUAACGACGGGCAGUACGCCAGUACUGAGGAGGAACCGGAUACACAGCGGGAAGCAGGUUGGGGUCUACUUUUAUGACAAUGGCCACGGUGUGCUGGAGGACAAUGAUAUCUACAAUCACAUGUACUCUGGAGUUCAGAUAAGGACUGGCAGCAAUCCCAAGAUCAGGAGGAACAAGAUCUGGGGAGGACAGAAUGGGGGUAUUUUGGUUUACAACUCAGGCUUAGGAUUCAUUGAGGACAAUGAGAUCUUUGACAAUGCGAUGGCGGGAGUCUGGAUCAAGACGGACAGCAACCCCACUUUGCGGAGGAACAAGAUCCAUGAUGGGAGAGAUGGCGGCAUCUGUAUAUUCAAUGGAGGGAGAGGUUUGCUAGAGGAGAAUGACAUCUUCAGAAAUGCCCAAGCGGGUGUUCUCAUUAGCACCAACAGUCAUCCUGUACUGAGGAAAAACCGGAUAUUUGAUGGCUUCGCUGCUGGUAUUGAGAUCACCAACCAUGCCACAGCAACCCUAGAAGGCAAUCAGAUCUUCAACAAUCGUUUUGGAGGAUUGUUUCUUGCAUCUGGUGUCAAUGUUACAAUGAAAGAUAAUAAAAUAUUGAACAAUCAAGAUGCCAUUGAAAAGGCUGUGAGCAGAGGUCAGUGCCUGUACAAGAUUUCAAGUUACACCAGCUACCCAAUGCACGAUUUUUACAGGUGUCAUACCUGUAACACAACCGACCGCAAUGCCAUCUGUGUGAACUGCAUCAAGAAGUGUCACCAAGGACAUGAUGUGGAAUUCAUCAGACACGAUAGGUUCUUCUGUGACUGUGGCGCUGGGACGCUGUCGAAUCCUUGUACGUUAGCUGGAGAGCCGACACACGAUACAGACACACUGUAUGACUCCGCUCCCCCUAUAGAGUCCAAUACACUGCAACACAACUGAGCUCAACACCUGAGGCCUCUCUGCAGUUCAGCGGUAAUGGACUUAAGACACUUUAAGUUGUGCAAUGGAGGAUAACAUUCAAACUUAAAAAGAAAUCCACUUUGACAGAGCAUAUAGAGCAACUUAAAAAAAAAAAAAAAAAAAAAAACCCCACAAACACAUGGGAUGUGAACUUGAAAAAAGACAUUAAAAAAAGAAGUUGAUAAUGGAUGCCUCGCAUUCUCUGUUCCUUUUGACAAAAAACAAAACAAUGACAUCAGUGGGACAGCAGAAGAGCACCAGACACAAAGGGGUCAGAAGCUCAUCUUCUUCAAAGGAGUGCAAAAACAAGAUACUGCAGUUAUGUACAGAUCCAUCGUGGACACUUAAAGGAAGAACUGCUGUCAUGAGAGGCUACAGCCCCAAUACAACGAUGCUUCCACCACUGAGCAACCAAUGUGCUCGUACGAAAUGUACGGGAAAAAUGACCUAGCACUUCAGCUUUUUUUUUUCUUCCUCAAGACAACUGUUGAGAUUUGAUUUUAAUGCUUUUUGUGUAGUUUUGUAUUUUCACGCAAAAAUCUUAAUGUACUUGAAUGUCAUUUAUUUUAUUAAAUGUGUUUUGUUUUUGGUUAUUCCCCAGAAUUGCUGUAAUUAUACUCAUGUCGCAGUAUCUAACUUCUUUCUGUGAAAGAGAUCUGAAAAGAGAGGAAAACACUACAUUUUCUCCAGCAAUGUUGACUCAUUUACAUUUGCAAUACAUAAAAAUAGAUGCAGAACUGUGCUUUCACAAGACUUGUGUUGUCUGUUUGAAAUUCUCCAUGCUGUGACUCAUUGCCUGCAACAUCAAUGUACAGAAAGUCUGAUCUUUGAGUUUAAUUUGAAGAACAUGUCAAACUAAAUACAUUUUUAAUUUCCUACCAACUGUUGUAAAGUUCUGUUGAGUCAGUAUCUCAUGGAAAAUGACUGCCGUUCAUUUUGUGUAUAUUUCUGUGGUAUUGCAUACUCUUGGUCUUUGUUUUUUAUUAUUCAGUCAAGUCUUGUGAAAGCAUUAGACUUGGUUUUCCAUUUGUCAAUGUUGCUGGAGAAUUGAACAGCUUUUACUCUACUGAAGCUGAGACAAGUAUCUAUAUACAGCGCUUUAUGGUUUCAUUGCCCCUCCCCCACCCAUUCAUGUGUAUUGGUGAUUGUGGGUUCUCAUACAGACUGAAAUGUAUGCAUGUAUCAUAACAUCUAGACUUAAUAUAUUGUGAAGUAUUCAAUAACCGUUAUGUAGGCGCUAGUGUGAAUUAAAAGGGUUUAAUUUCCUAGAUGAAACAUUGUCAUUUUUUUAAAAAUAAACUUUAUUAGAUCAUUA